UCCUUGUUAGAUCCAUUGAUCCAGUCCAGGUCAGAGUCCAGUGUCUCUCCUUGGUCUCUGCUGCUGCUGGAAGUGGACCGGUUCACUCUGACCUCUGACCUUUCUGCUCUGUUUCUCUGUCCUGUAGUUCAGAUCUCAGCUGUUCCUGGACAGACCGUCUCUCUGCCAUGCCGACUCCCCAACAACAAACCUGCUGUGGUUGUGCAGUGGACCCGACCGGACAUGGAACCAGAAUAUGUCCUCCUGUUCAGAGACCAGCAGCCGGACCCAGAGAACCAGCAUCCAUCUUUUAGGAAGCGGGUGGAGCUGCAGGACAGACGGAUGGAGGACGGAGACGUGUCUUUGCUUCUGAGCAACGUGACGACCAACGACACGGGAACAUACGAGUGUCGAGGUUUCCAGAGAGAAGCAACCGGCAGGAAG